AUGGCAAGUCCCACUAAGUAUCAUCCCAGUCUUCCCAUCCGACGCGUCCACGUGGAGCAGCGCCGCCCGGCGCGCUCCGGCGUCGUCCACUGCGGCGCAGUCGUCGUCGCCGCAGCAGCGGGGCCUCGCCGGCUCGGCGACAUGGCUGCCGCGGCUCCACGUGUGUCCCACACGAGCCCCCUCACGCUCUCCCGCGCGACAUGCUCAGCAUGGCGGAAGUUUGAAUCUUCAGCAAGUUCCUGGUUCGCCAGUCCGACUGCAGUGGAGAGCUUUAUCAGUGAUGAUGGAUUGCAGAGCCGCCCGGCGAGCAUUGUUGGCAAGAGCAGGAACCUUUUCCUUCUCCACUGCGGCAGUGGAGGCUGGAUUCUCGAGUCGCUCGCUCCCCCUCCCCCUCCUCCCUGCACCUCUCCUCGCCUUCCACUCUCCCCUGCUCUUCCCCACUCCCUCUUCUCCCUCCGGAUCUCCAACCCCACCACUCCCCUCCUCUCCUUCCCGCUCUCCAUCCCCACCACUCCCCUCCUCUCCUUCCCGCUCUCCAACCCCACCACUCCCCUCCUCUCCUUCCCGCUCUCCAACCCCACCACUCCCCUCCUCUCCUUCCCGCUCUCCAACCCCACCACUCCCCUCCUCUCCUUCUCGCUCUCCAACCCCACCAGUCCCCUCCUCUCCUUCCCGCUCUCCAACCCCACCACUCCCCUCCUCUCCUUCCCGCUCUCCAACCCUCCCACUCACCUCCCCCCUCGCCCCCUCGUUCCCACUGCGCACCAUCCACAGCCUCCUCCCUUGCCGCUGAAUUGCCUCCUCUUCUUCCAAUUCCACCCCUCUCCCUCUCUCCCUCUUCCCCUGGCAGCGCUGGUGCUGGAGGAGUGUGGCACCGCAUGGGGAUUGUCGGCGAGCGAGUGGCACGUGGGGGGCGAGUGCGACACGGCGCAGUUCAUUGCCUGCGAUGCCAACGGGCUCGUCACUGGCAUGUGGCUUGAAAACGAAGGUCUACUGGGCUCCAUUCCAACAGCUCUUGGCACUCUCACCUCUCUCACCUCUCUAUCCCUGAGCUACAACGCCUUGGAAGGCCCUAUACCUGCCUCCUUUAGUGCACUUGCUUCGCUCGUGUACCUAGAUCUGCAGUCCAACGCGCUAAACGAGUCCAUUCCAGAUGCCAUCUCGGAGAUGACUGCUCUCACAGGCCUGCAUAUGCUCUCGCAUGCCCCAUGCUUACUCAUUCCUCGUUCAUUCCACGCCUCGCUUACACCCUCUCUCACACCUCCUGUUCUCACACCUCCUGCUCUCACACCUCCUGCUCUCACACCUCCUGCUCUCACACCUCCUGCUCUCACACCUCCUGUUCUCACACCUCCUGUUCUCACACCUCCUGUUCUCACACCUCCUGUUCUCACACCUCCUGUUCUCACACCUCCUGUUCUCACACCUCCUGUUCUCACACCUCCUGUUCUCACACCUCCUGCUCUCACACCUCCUGUUCUCACACCUCCUGUUCUCACACCUCCUGUUAUCACACCUCCUGUUCUCACACCUCCUGUUCUCACACCUCCUGUUCUCACACCUCCUGUUCUCACACCUCCUGCUCUCACACCUCCUGUUCUCACACCUCCUGUUCUCACACCUCCUGUUCUCACACCUCCUGUUCUCACACCUCCUGUUCUCACACCUCCUGUUAUCACACCUCCUGUUCUCACAUCCCAUGCUCUCCAAUGUGUGACUGCCUUCAUCCCGUGCCGCAUACUGCGUGCUGCUCGCAGGACCAUGGCCAAUAAUGAGCUCGAAGGGACCAUCCCUGCCUUCCUCUCUUCCUUCAAAACACUCGUCCACCUGUCAGUGUUCCCACAUAUCCACCCUCACUGUGAGAACCGCACUUCUCUUUCUUUCUUCCUCUCUCCUCUCUUCCUCUCUUCCUCUCUUCCUCUCUUCCUCUCUUCCUCUCUUCCUCUCUUCCUCCCUUCCUCUCUUCCUCCCUUCCUCUCUUUCUCUCUUCUUCCCUUCCUCCGUUCCUCCCUUCCUCCCUCCUCCCUUCCUCCCUUCCUCCCUUCCUCCCUUCCUUCCUCUCUUUCUCCCUUUCCCCCCCUCCCUUCCUCCCUUCCUCCCUUCCUUCCUCUCUUUCUCCCUUCCCCCCCCUCCCUUCCUCCCUUCCUCCCUUCCUCCCUUCCUCUCUUCCUCCCUUCCUCCCAUCCUCCCUUCCUCCCUUCCUCCCUUCCUCCCUUCCUCCCUUCCUCCCUUCCUCCCUUCUUCCCUUCGUCCCUUCCUCCCUUCCUCCCGUCCUCUCUUCCUCCCUUCCCCCCCUUCCCUCCCUUCGUCCCUUCCUCCCUUCCUACCUUCCUCCCUUCGUUCUCCUUCCCUUCUCGAUCUCUUAUUCCCUCAUGUCCCUCCUGUCUACUCCAAUCUGUUUUCCAUGUUCCAUCCGUGCUCUUUCUCUCACCAUUCCCCCCAUGCUAG